AGCCGAGCGGGCCAGAAGGGCGGGGAGGAGGCGGCGGCGGCGAUGCGGUACAACGAGCGGGAGCUGCUGUCUCUCUCCCGGCAGCCAGCCGAGAAGGCGGCCGAGGUCCUCAUGCGCGCCCCGAAGAAGGGAAGCGGUGAGGAGGAGGCGAGGGGGGGAAGGGGUGACGUCACGAGAGGAGAACGCCGCGGCGUGACGUCACCAGGCGGGUUGCGUGACGUCACGCCUGCCAGGGGGUCGGGGAGGAGGAAGAGGCGGCGGCUCCCGUGGCGUCAUCAGAGUUUAUUGGGUUGGGGGGGUAGCAGAACUCCCAACCUCGUCCUCACUGAGGACUAGCACCUUUACUGUUCCAGGGGGUUGAUCUGGAUGACCCUCAUGGUCCCUUCGAACUCUACCGUUCUACGAUUUCGGUUACUCCGGUUUUUUAUUUUGCUCGCUUGCCCAGAGGUGUUUCCAUUCCCUCAUGUGUUCUGCGCUUACUGUCAUCAGCGUAUUGCGAUGUCCUGUCUUGGAUGUAUCCGCUCAGAUUCCUGCCUUGCGGGCAGCGGCGUAGCGUGGGUUGUCAGCACCCGGGGCAAGGCAAGUAAUUUGCGCCCCCUAACCCCUAACCUGCCGCCGCUGCCAGCUUCUUCUUGCUGCUGCCUGGGCUGGUCUGGUGAGGUUCUCUCCCGCGCACAGCGCUGCGCUGGGCGGCCGCUGCACUGUCCCUCCCCCAGAUAGUCCCUCGCUCUCUCUCCGCACCGCACGCCUGGCACCCACCCCCUCCACAGUGGGCGGCGACCCAGCGGCUCGGAUCGGAUUCGCACAGCCAGCACUGCAGUGAGAGAGAGUGAGUGAGCCAGGUAGGGGCAGAGAGCUGCGAGUGCGAGCGCGCCCCCCCAGAUGUUGCGCCCGGUGCGGCCGGCCCCCCCUGCGCCCCCCACGCUACGCCACUGCUUGCGGGUGGUUGAUGACCCUUGGCGGAGGGCUGAAUUAGUAAAAGUCACCAGUUGUGGGAACAUCUGCCUUGAGGUCGCAGGAGCUCAUCUUCGCUCUCCCAAACUUGGACAUCGUAGAACUGUAGAGUUGGAAAGGAUGCCAAGGGUCAUCUAGUCUAACCCUCCACCAUGCAAGAAUCGCAGAGCUACAAAAAUGGUGUAUUUUUCUCUCUAUAAGACGCACCCGACCAUAAGACACACCUAGUUUUUAGGGGAGGAAAACAAGAAAUAAGAAGCCUCCUGCACUCAGGAGGCUUUGCCCUCCUGGCUUCAGCGAAAGCAAGCCUCCUGGCUUUCCCCCCACCUCCCGCACAUAGCUGUCAACCGUCCCUUAUUUGGCGGGAAAGUCCCUUAUCCCAGCGCCGUGUCCUGCUGCUGUCCCUUAUUGAUGACGUCCCUUAAAUUUCCCAGGUUUCAAAGGAAGCAGCUCCUCUCCCUCCCUCCCUCCCUGCCGGCCAGGGAGGAGGGAGGCUCCAACUGUGUUGCUUGGCUGCGUUGCUCACCCAAUAAGGAGUCUAAGAACGACUGGGGGGUGGAGCUUGCAUGCCUUGUGCUGAUCAAACCGGCCGCGUUGCCUGGGGACUCGCCUUUGCUCAGCGCUUCCCAGUGGAGAGGUGAUGGUGGUUUUCCUUGCUGCAUCCCCUUUGCCGGGUUGCUGCGCUGUGGGAACCACGGCUUGAGGCUUUGUUUGGCUGCUGGCUGGGCUUUCUGCCUUUGGCUCGGAGGGGCUCAGAAGUUGAACAUACAGUGGUGCCUCGCAAGACGAAAUUAAUCCGUUCUGCGAGUUUCUUCGUCUUGCGGAUUUUUUUGUCUUGCGAAGCACAGAUGCACCCUGGUACUGUAUUAUAAUGGGAUAGCGGGCAAAGCACAAAGCGGGUCGCUCCCCAGCAGGAGGCGUUUCCCCAGCCUGGAGGAUCUGUUGCCUGGAAGAGGCAAAGACACCCCCUCCCACCUCCCCAUGAAAACAGCCCCCCUUCCUCUGUUGCCAAGCCUUGCCGCGUCUUCGCUCCGCCAAACCGCGUCCCACAUCAAAGCCCCAGCCCGCUCCUCUCCCUCUCUCUCCAUGAGGUGCCAAAGGAAGUUUGAGCCCAGGAACCGAGGCGGACGCACGCAGCGCCCGGCGCGGACUCUCCCUUGCUCCCCCGUUACCUUGCGCCAAGCCGCCGGGCUCCCACAGUCUCGGCAGCUGCUCCCGGCUUCUUCCCACCCCGCAAAGGCGCCUUCGCGGCCGCCCAAGCACAGUGGAUGCCUCCUCCUCCUCCUCCUUUGUCCCGCCUCCUCCUGCCUUCGCGCAGUUAGAGCAAAAUGGAGCAGCCACGUGGGGAGGGGGAGAGAGAGAGAGAGGCAGAGGCAGAGGCGGCACAGAGACCCAGCCAGAUCCGCUGGAUCCCAGCUCACCUGCCUCCUCUGUGCCCUCUCCAGAAGAGGAUCCCUCUGGAAAAGGUAGGUCGCUCCCUCCCUCGCUCCCUGCCAGCCCAGUUCCCGCUUCAAAAGGAAACAAACUCGCAAGACGUUCCGUCUUGCGAAGCAAGCCCAUAGAGAAAUUCGUCUUACGAGCACCUCAAAAACCGCAAAACCCUUUCGUCUUGCGAGUUUUUCGUCUUCCGAGGCAUUUGUCUUGCGGGGCACCACUGUACCUGUGCUUGGAAAAUCCCUUAUUUUGGCUGCUGAUCUCUUAUUUCCGAGGCUGCUGGUCCCUUAUUUUCAAAUCUGUAAGUUGACAGCUAUGCUCCCGCAAGAGCCGCACUCUCUUUAAAGGGAGCGCGGCUCUUGGGGGCUUUUCUGGGAGGUGGGGGAAGGGAUAGAGUCGCACACUCUGUCCCUUCCCCCACCUCCCACAAAAGCCAGGGAUAGCCAUGCGAAGCCUCCGCAGGGCAGCGAGAUGAAGGUUCCCUGCUGCCCUGCAGAGGCUUCACGCAGCUAAGCCACAAGCUAGAACAGCGAGAGGGAGCGCUGCGCAGCAAUCCCUCUUGCUGUUCUGGCUUCUGGAAUAGCCCGCGAAGCCUGCAUUCGCUCCAUAAGAUGUACACUUACUUUUUAGGAGGGGAAAAGUGUGUCUUAUAGAACGAAAAAUACGGUAUGUGUACAAGAGCUCUCAAACAACUCCCUCCAUCUCGUCUUUCUCCGCAGCCUUGAAGAAGCGUUUGGUGAAACUGGUCGUCAACUUUCUCUUCUACUUCCGAACAGACGAGGCCGAGGUAUUUUUGCUCACUACUUGCAGGGGACAUUACCCACUAGCAACUUUGCCAGAUAUAAUAAUGAUGCGAAGCCUGCUCAGGUUACCAGUCCUCAGGUGAUGAGGUCCUCUGGCAAGUUGCGGCGGGUGGUAGGAGCAUGAUGAGAAGGCAGUGCCUAAAAUAAACUCUUGUUAUUAUUCUAAUAAAAAGCUUGAUCUUGUUAGAAGAGUCUGGCUCCUGGAUCUAGUCCUGUUCUUGGAGAGCAACCAGAAUAGGAUAUUUUUUAGGAGGGGGUCUAGCAAUAGCUAGAUGUUCCCCAAACUCUCGCUAAACAACUGUGUUUUUAUAUGUCUACUUAUUCGUUUUACUUAUUUAAUAAAAUUCAUUUACCAUUUGACUAUGUAGAAAAAUCUAGAAAAAUAUAUAAAGGGGUUGUCUCCAACGCUGGCCGCCCUCUGAGUAAAACUACUGAAAUGCACAGAUAGGACCACCGGGGGUCCAUUAAUUUCAUUGAGUCUCCUCUUGAGUGGAACUUACUUCAAGACAAGACAAAAGAAGGCUUUUUACAAGGGUUUAUCUGAGAAUAUAUUAAGCCCUCUUCAUUUAUUUUUCUUUCUUUUUUAAGAAAGAAAAAUCCUUGUGCAACUUUCAAUUAAAAGCAGGGUUGGGAAUAUGCACAACGUAGUUACUUUUAAAAGCUUGAGCUAAUGUGGAAAGUGAUUAAUUAAUCUGUGUGUUUGUCUCUUUCUCUCUCCCCAGCCUAUCGGUGCUUUGCUGUUGGAACACUGCAGUAUCAGCCAAGAAGAAGGCAAAAUAUUUUCCAUUUGUGAGUCUUUGUGGUUUUGAGGAGACAGACGGGGGGUGGGGGGGAGAAUGGGGUUUACUUUUCUGGGAGCUUUUUCUUUCUGUUUUUUCUUUUUUAUUGGUAUUCAAUUUUUUACAAAUCGGUCACUAAUCAGAACAAAUCUAACAUUUUUCUAAAUUGCUCUCUGAGAUGCCUGUACCCAUUUUUGGAGGAGACGGAACACAUUCCCAGCUCACAACUACCCCCUUUCCACCCACAGUAUUCAGAGAGGGUCACUUGGCCAAAUGUACUUGGCACUAGAUUUCAGGACAGCCAAAAUAAAUUAUUCGCAGGGCAAUUUGGAAUUUGCUGCUGUGGGUCAGGGCGGUGACUGCCGGUUUUAAGAUAGUCAAGUCAGUUUAUUGUGUUUUAGCAGACAUCCCAUUAGAUACAUGAAAAUGGUAAUAGGAAUAAUAAGAAUAAGAGACUGACAUUUCUGCCCCUUCACCUUUACCCUCUACCCCUUUUAGGUUUAUUAGCACGGAUUUGUAGAGCCUUAGCGAGAAAUUCAGAUAUUAUGAAGGAUGUAUGCCUCUCUGAAUCAGGCAGCAAAAAACAAGACUUGUUUUUCUUUGAAGAUAGCUUUCGAAAGGGAUUGGAUCAUAGCUGUCAAGCAUCCCUUAUUUGGCGGGAAAGUCCCUUAUCCCAGUGCCGUGUCCCGCUGCUGUCCCUUAUUGAUGAUGUCCCUUAAAUUUCCCGGGUUUCAAAGGAAGCAGCUCCUCUCCCUCCCUCCCUGCCGGCCAGGGAGGAGGGAGGCUCCAACUGUAUUGCUCACCCAAUAAGGAGUCUAAGAACGACUGGGGGGUGGAGCUUGCAUGCCUUGUGCCGAUCAAAUCGGCCGCGUUGCCUGGGGACUCGCCUUUGCUCAGCGCUUCCCAGCGGAGAGGUGACAGUGGUUUUCCUUGCUGCAUCCCCUUUUCCGGGUUGCUGCACUGUGGGACCCACCGCUUGAGGCUUCGUUUGGCUGCUGGCUGGGCUUUCUGCCUUUGUCUUGGAGGAGCUCAGAAGUUGAACAUACCUGUGUUUGGAAAAUCCCUUAUUUUGGCUGCUGAUCCCUUAUUUUCCAUGGCUGCUGGUCCCUUAUUUUCAAAUCUGUAAGUUGACAGGUAUGGAUUGGAUAUGUACCUCACAGCAGCUGAAGUGAUCAACUUAAUCCAGUGACACCAGCUUUUCAAAGUCUGAUAGUCACUGGCACUUCCAGGGUCCCCUUGCCACCCUCUUAGGACCCCCCACCCAGGGAAAACACUGCCCAUUUUGGGAACCACUGCUCUCAAGGGACUGGCUGGGGCAAUCCAGCGUUUCAGACUCUGAAGGCAUCAAGAGGGGUGGAUAAUGAGCAGUUUGAAGGAGGCUGGGAGGCAAGGCAGGGAGCCCAAAAGCUCGCGUCCCAAGCAGAUACGGUGCAAGAAGAUCUUCCAAGCUCUGAAAAAUCGAUUUCAUAUGUUUCAAUGCUGCUUUUCAUUCCAGUGAAUCGCAAAGCAGCUUACAGACCAUAAAUAACAGUAACACAAGAGAACAUCACAAGCAGAGCACAAAUCAAAUAGAAUCAUUAACAAAUCACCAGUACAACAAUUACAAACCACCAUUAGAAUAAUGAACAAAUCAUCAGUAAAAACCAUUCCAAAUCAUUGUUAUAACAAUCCUUAAAAUGCGGUUUCAGUUUCUUGCGGUCGUAGACCAGCAUUUUAAAAAGAGCUAAAAUGCAAAAUUGUAAAAGCAAGAUACGAUCGUUAUAAAAACAAACCAGAAUAAGAGCAGGGAGACAAGAGUCGCUGACCAGCAGGUUAAAACAACUAGAGUUAAUAACUAUUGCUAAAGUGAUCCAGUUGUAGACGGGGGAAGAAGAGUCGUGUGUCUGAAAGAGGAGAUUUCAUAAAUGGAAUAGUAAUAGUCCCUCUAUAGGGCUUGUUAACAUAAAUGUAAUCCUACUGCAUUGCAUUUUGAAAAGGCCUAAUAACAGAGGCAGAAUAAAUCCUGCAUUAUGAUUCAGGUAGGUAGCCGUGUUGGUCUGACACAGUCAAAAUAAAUAAAUAAAUAAAUAAAUAAAUUGUCCAGUAGCACCUUAGAGACCAACUAAGUUUAUUCUGGGUAUAAGCACACGAAAGCUUAUACCCAGAACAAAUUUAGUCGGUCUCUAAGGAUGUGGGUGGCGCUGUGGGUUAAACCACAGAGCCUAGGACUUGCCAAUCAGAAGGUCGGCGGUUCGAAUCCCCGCGACGGAGUGAGCUCCCGUUGCUCAGUCCCUGCUCCUGCCAACCUAGCAGUUCGAAAGCACCUCAAAGUGCAAGUAGAUAAAUAGGCACCGCUCCGGCGGGAAGGUAAACGGCGUUUCCAUGUGCUGCUCUGGUUCGCCAGAAGCGGCUUAGUCCUGCUGGCCACAUGACCUGGAAGCUGUAAGCCGGCUCCAUUGGCCAAUAAAGCAGGAUGAGCGCCGCAACCCCAGAGUCGGCCACAACUGGACCUAAUCGUCAGGAGUCCCUUUACCUUAAGGUGCUACUGGACAAUUUUUUAAUUUUUGCAUUACCUGUGUAAAACAACAACAACCCACUGAGAGCUAAAUUAGGCUAAGAGAUCCUGACUUGCCUCCCCUCUGUCUUGGGAGGGUCAUGUUUGAGCUGUUUUCCCACACGAGCUGUACUGCCCUUACGCUUUGCCAUAACCCUUGUCCAACAAUCAUAAUUUUAUUAUAGUUCAGUAGAUAGUGAGUCGUAAGGCUGAUGGCUCGGGGUCUCUGUUUGCAGGUUUCCUCGAAGAACCUGAGAGAAAGUACUUCUUCGAAUGUGAUACAGAGGAGCAGUGUUUGGAGUGGGUUGAGGUUCUCCAGAGGGCGAGGUGAGGCCUGCCGGUCAGCCGGGGUUUGGGGACCCCUUCUUCCCCAUUUUUUCAAGGGGGUGGGGACCGUGUCUGCCAGCCAGAAGGGACAGAGCGCAGGCUGCUUGGAUCACUGCGCAGCGCCCAGAGGAAACUGGCCUUCCUACUCCCCUUCCUUGGAGGUUUUUAAGCAGAGCUUGGAUGGCAUUAUCUGCCAUGGCUGCUUUAGCUGAGAUUCCUGCAUUGCAGGGGGUGGGGCUGGAUGACGCUCAGGGUCCCUUCCAACCCUACAAUUCCAUUAUUCUACUUGAAUCCUCGCUGCAGGUAAGAGCAGAGACCCAUGAGCACCGCAUGCCGGUGGUGGGUGGGGACAGAGUCAAGAGUGGGUGGAGCUACACAUGUAAAGUUUGCCCUCUGUGCAGGUUAGUUUGAACAUCUCCCCCCCCCCCCCCUCCAUCCAGGCACAAUCAGAGUUUGGUGAUGCACCCUGCCCAUCUUGCUGGGUUGCCCCGGCCACUCUGGGCAGCUUCCAACAAAUGAUAGCACAGUAAGACAUCAAACAUUUAAAACUUCCCAAUAUAGGGCUGUCUUCUAAAAGCCAGAUAGUUAACUCUAUCUCCUUGACGUAGAGUUGCAAUACGUCCAGAACCCCCUGGACAUAUCCAGAAUACUGCAGUUGGAAGCAGUGUUUGGGCAGAAAUCCAGAUAUAUCACAGCCCAUGUCGGCAGUGUCAUUUUUGGCGAUUUUCGUUAAAAUUAGCCCCAAAACUUUUUCUCUUUUUUUGGAAAAUUGUCUCAACAACUUUGGGCAAAAAAACCUUUUCUAUCCGGAUUUUCAGUGUUUGAAAAUCCUCUGCCUGGUUCCCUGUAACUUUUCGCAGUGAGGGAACUGCCAGAAGGCCCUCGGCGCUGGACCUCAGUGUCCAGGCUGAACGAUGGGGGUGGAGACGCUCCUUCAGGUAUACUGGGCUGAGGCCGCUUACGGCCUUAAAGGUCAGCACCAACACUUUGAAUUGUGCUCGGAAACGUACUGGGAGCCAAUGUAGGUCUUUCAAGACCGGUGUUAUAUGGUCCCGACGGCCGCUCCCAGUCACCAGUUUAGCUGCUGCAUUCUGGAUUAGUGGUCAUUUCCGAGUCACCUAAGGUAGCCCCACAGAGAGCGCAUGGUGGUAGUCCAAGCGGGAGAUAACCAAGGCAUGUACCACUCUGGUGAGACAGUCCGCGGGCAGGGAGGGUCUCAGAUGGAGCUGGUAGACAGCCACCCUGGACGCAGAAUUGACCUGUGCCUCCAUGGAUAGCGGUGAGUCCAAAAUGAAGGUCUCAAGGAAGGCCAGUGAGGGGCAUGGCCAGGGGAGAACAUCCAAGGGCCACACGAAGAGGUUUGGAGGGCCAGAGGCUCCCCAUCCCUGAGACAGAACCUUAAAGUGCCCCACCACCACCACCUUUGCAUACUCACAGCUGUUGGCUUAUUAGCCGCAAAACCAGAACCACAAAUCCCAGAAGUGUUGGGUGCCACAGGAUCAGCUCCUCUGGGGUUGUUUUGGGGUGGAGUUAAUGGCAAGACCCUCGCCGUGAAUGUUCGCUAGAAAUCUGGUUCUGCUGCCUCCGCCCUUCACGGUCGGAUCCGUUCUCCUUCUGCCAACAGCUACGAGUUCAUGAGGAGCAGCUUGGUCUUCUAUCGGAACGAGAUCCUGAAGAUGACAGGAAAGGUGAGUAGCUUCUGGGCCGGAAAGCAGGUGGGGGGCUCACCCAGAGAGCAGGAAGUAACGGCCGGGACGAGGAUGCACAGUUUCUGCCCUGGGUCAUCCUGUGAUACUGUGGUUCGAAGUUGUGUUUUGUUACAUUUUCCUCCAAGAAGACCCAUAGAACCCAAUAAGGCAGAUGUCUAUAUACAAAUGGUUUUUAAAAAAAGAUGUGAUCCCAUUGGGAUCCCAAGAUGAAAUGUUGCGAAGCUCCUAGAAAUAUGAUGCCAACUUGCCUGUGGCUCCUCCAGGGUUUCAGAUGCAGGGAGGGGGGGGGAAUUCCCAGCCUUGCCAGGGGUUGAACCCGACACCUUCUGCAUGCAGGGCAUCUGGUCUGCCACAGAGCUAUGGACUCGUAUCCCCCACCCUUUUAAAUUUAGCAUCUCCAGACAUCCAGCCCUCAAAGCCUCUCCUUUCGCCACAGGACCCCCUGGAGCAGUACGGCAUCUCGGGGGAAGCCCGCUUCCAGCUGGGCGCACGGAAGGUAUAACCCCGAGCACUUGGAUCUGGGCCGGCCCCUCACCAUACCACCAGGACCCUUGGGCAGCUCCCCGAGACUCCAGGGUCAGGACUGUACGCCGACCGAGUGAGUUGCUUUCACGAACUUGCAGGAUCUCCCUCGUGCCGCCAAGAGGGUGACGCCACCCAGCCACCUGCUUCCUCCUAGCUUUGGGGGGUUGAAACAAAGAGUGGAGAUUUGACUCCAGCGGUUGCCGGUUUUCUCUCCUUCCAGGGCGCAGAGAACCUGCUAUUCGGCUCAGAAUCGCGCUUCCUCGUGUGUGUAAAUGUGCACACAAACAACACUGGCAAGGGUCUCCUGGAGCUGAAGGAAGGGGCGGGGGCUUCUUGGAAUCGUGCUUGAUUUUCAUUAACAUCCCAAAUCGGGUUUGCGCCCAACUUUCAUGCUGAGAUUUGAGAUCUGCGGUGCACCCAGAACACCCCCGGCAGAGUUUCCCCACUGAGUAACUGCUCUGGCUUUGCACACCUUCCCAUCGGCUGCCUGGGUUGGGUGGGAGCCACUAUGCUGUCCCUGCAAGGGAUACUGGGGUGCUGAAUUACUCCCCCUGCACCGCCCCCCCGCCCCGUGAAAUGGGCUGUGUGUGUCUCUGAAGUCAUUGCUCCCAAUCCUGAGCCCCUCCCGCCCCCAGCAAUCCUCACCUAGGAGGGGGCAACUCUUUACUUACUCUGUAAGGAAACAUUUUCAACAGGAGUGGUGGGAGCACACUCAUUUUAAUUCCCCAAGCAAGCAUGUGCAUUCACCUAGUACAAGGUUUCCCAAACUUGGGUCGCCAGCGGGUUUUUUGUACUACAGCUCACAUUAGGACCAGUGAUCAGGGAUGGGAAUUGUGUUCCAAAAACAGCUGGGGACCCAAAUUUGGGAAAGCCUGAACUAGAAGGUGUUGGAAAGAAGAAUGCCAGACUACUGGAGCAGCAACACAACUAUCUCCCUAAGGUGCUCGGCCAUCUUUUACCGUUUUGUUGUGCCUUGCUGGCACCCCCUAAGUCAGAGCUGCUCUCUGCGCCUAGCAACACAGGGAAGCGAGACGAGCCCCUCGCCACUUUCCCAAGCUCAGUGCCCAAACUCUGCGCGGUUCCAAGCUCACUCCAGAGCAGGUUCCUUGCUUGCUGGGGUGGCAGAAAUCUCCCUUCCUCAAAGAAAAAAUACCUUGUUCUCCAUCCCUCCUUGCUCUCUUCUUUCCUCUUUUUCCUCUGCCCAACUUUUGGGACUGGCAGCUGAAUGUAAUUUUUUAUAUAUAUAAAAAUCUGCUGUGAAAUUUAGAGGCGUUUUAAAAACUCACUGAAAGCUGUGGUUCUCUGGCUGAUAGCAGACUUAAAACUCUGUCCGGGGGGCGCUGGGCUGCUGCUUUCUCCAACCCUGCUGAAUUUCACUGCUGCAUGUGUGAGGCAGAGGAAUGUCUCUUCUGCAAAGAGGCAGGGGAAACAAGACCAGGGAGUCUGCGAUCCUCGGCCAGUUGCUCAUGGACGAUGGGAGCUUGUGAAAUCCAUCGUUGUCUAAAGGGGCAGAGUUUGGGGGACGAAUGUGGGGGGAGAAGAGAGAAAUCACCAGCCACAAAGGGUGGCUAGUUAUUUAGAGGUUUUUAAGAGGCUGUAGAAAUGUAAAAUGUACUUUAUCAGUUUACAUUCAUCUUCUGUACUCCUCCUGCCCCAAGACACCAUUGCCUGUUGGAUAAUUGGCCAGUUUUAUUACUUCUGUGCAUUAAACCAGAAAUGUUACUGUUUUGUUGACAUGCCCAGAUCCCCUUUUGUUAUGUCCACACUGAUUUUCUUGCCCCUCUAAUAAACGAAACUACUGUCUUGUUGGUUGGC